AUGUCUAAAGAUGACAACAGCUCCAGGAACACAAAAGCUUGUACUGUUCGGCGAGGCUCUGGCCUGGGCAAGAGAGCAGCUGAGGCCCGGCGGCAAGAGAAAAUGGCAGACCCUGAAAGCAACCAGGAGACAGUAAAUUCCUCAGCUGCCCGGACAGAUGAAGCUCCCCAAGGAGCCGCAGCCUCUAGUUCUGUUGCAGGGGCUGUUGGCAUGACCACCUCUGGGGAGAGUGAAUCGGAUGAUUCUGAGAUGGGACGAUUACAAGCCCUGUUAGAGGCCAGGGGUCUUCCUCCUCACCUGUUUGGUCCUCUUGGUCCUCGGAUGUCACAGCUUUUCCAUAGAACAAUUGGAAGCGGAGCUAGUUCCAAGGCCCAACAGCUUCUUCAAGGACUACAAGCGAGUGAUGAGAGUCAACAGCUUCAGGCAGUCAUUGAAAUGUGUCAGCUAUUGGUUAUGGGAAACGAAGAGACUCUAGGAGGGUUUCCUGUGAAGAGUGUUGUUCCAGCUUUGAUAACAUUACUGCAGAUGGAACAUAAUUUUGACAUUAUGAAUCAUGCUUGCCGAGCCUUAACCUAUAUGAUGGAAGCACUCCCUCGGUCAUCUGCUGUUGUCGUAGAUGCUAUCCCUGUCUUCUUAGAAAAGCUGCAAGUUAUUCAGUGUAUUGAUGUGGCAGAGCAGGCCUUAACUGCCUUGGAGAUGUUGUCACGGCGACACAGUAAAGCAUUUUACAGGCGGUUUUUCUUUUCAAAGCUCACAUCUGAUAAUGAAGGACAAAAGUCAGUAGAAAGCACUUGCCUUUGUUUUGCACGUCUAGUGGACAACUUUCAACACGAGGAGAAUUUACUGCAGCAGGUUGCUUCCAAAGAUCUGCUUACAAAUGUUCAACAACUGUUGGUAGUGACUCCACCAAUUUUAAGUUCUGGGAUGUUUAUAAUGGUGGUUCGCAUGUUUUCUCUGAUGUGUUCCAACUGCCCAACAUUAGCUGUUCAACUUAUGAAACAAAACAUUGCAGAAACGCUUCACUUCCUCCUGUGUGGUGCCUCUAAUGGAAGUUGUCAAGAGCAGAUUGAUCUUGUGCCACGAAGUCCUCAAGAACUGUAUGAACUGACAUCUCUGAUUUGUGAACUUAUGCCAUGUUUACAAGAAGGCAUUUUUGCAGUUGAUAACCAUGUUGAAGAAGGAAAUGCCCAGAACACAGAUGGUGCAAUUUGGCAGUGGCGGGAUGACCGAGGUCUCUGGCAUCCCUAUAACAGGAUUGACAGCCGGAUCAUUGAGGCAGCCCAUCAGGUCGGUGAGGAUGAGAUAAGCUUGUCCACUCUGGGACGAGUUUAUACUAUUGAUUUUAAUUCUAUGCAGCAAAUCAAUGAGGACACGGGAACAGCACGUGCCAUUCAGAGAAAACCUAACCCCUUAGCCAAUACUAACACUAGUGGAUAUUCAGAGUUAAAGAAGGAUGAUGCUCGAGCACAGCUAAUGAAAGAAGACCCGGAACUGGCUAAGUCUUUCAUUAAGACCUUAUUUGGUGUUCUCUAUGAAGUGUAUAGCUCCUCAGCAGGACCUGCAGUCAGACAUAAGUGCCUUAGAGCAAUUCUUAGGAUAAUUUAUUUUGCUGAUGCUGAACUUCUGAAGGAUGUUCUGAAAAAUCAUGCUGUUUCAAGUCACAUUGCUUCCAUGCUAUCAAGCCAAGACCUGAAGAUAGUAGUUGGAGCACUUCAAAUGGCAGAAAUCUUAAUGCAAAAGUUACCUGAUAUUUUUAGUGUUUACUUCAGAAGAGAAGGUGUCAUGCACCAAGUAAAACAUUUAGCAGAAUCUGAGUCUUUGUUGACAAGUCCACCAAAGGCGUGCACAAAUGGGUCAGGAUCCCUGGGGUCUACAACACCAGCUAGCAGUGGGACAGCCACGGCUGCAACCAAUGCUUCUGCUGAUCUGGGGUCACCCAGUUUGCAGCAUAGCAGAGAUGAUUCUCUGGACCUGAGCCCUCAAGGUCGAUUGAGUGACGUUCUCAAGAGAAAACGACUGCCAAAACGAGGGCCAAGGAGGCCUAAGUACUCACCUCCAAGAGAUGAUGACAAAGUAGACAAUCAAGCUAAAAGCCCUACCACUACUCAGUCACCUAAAUCUUCCUUCCUGGCAAGCUUGAAUCCAAAAACAUGGGGAAGGUUAAGCGCACAGUCCAACAGCAACAACAUCGAGCCAGCACGAACUGCGGGAGUUAGUGGUCUUGCCAGGGCAGCCUCAAAAGACACCAUAUCCAAUAACAGAGAAAAAAUUAAAGGUUGGAUUAAGGAGCAGGCACAUAAAUUUGUUGAGCGUUAUUUUAGUUCUGAGAAUAUGGAUGGAAGCAACCCUGCCUUGAAUGUACUUCAGAGACUUUGUGCUGCAACUGAACAACUCAACCUCCAGGUGGACGGUGGAGCUGAGUGCCUUGUAGAAAUCCGUAGCAUAGUCUCUGAGUCAGAUGUUUCAUCAUUUGAAAUUCAACAUAGUGGAUUUGUGAAACAGCUGUUGCUGUAUUUGACAUCUAAAAGUGAAAAGGAUGCUGUCAGCAGAGAGAUCCGAUUAAAGCGAUUCCUACAUGUCUUUUUUUCUUCUCCACUUCCUGGAGAAGAGCCCAUUGGAAGAGUAGAACCAGUGGGCCAUGCGCCUUUAUUGGCACUAGUUCACAAGAUGAACAACUGUCUCAGCCAAAUGGAACAAUUUCCAGUCAAAGUGCACGAUUUCCCUAGUGGAAAUGGGGCUGGCGGCAGGUAAGGACCAUUGCCUGGGUAUGUCCACUUGCCACCAGAAUUGUUGAAGGAAAGCAUGGUGAAAGGCCUGGUAGUAAGGUCUUGGUAAGAUCAUGCCAUGUGUUUAUUUUUAGUUUAUUUACUUAUUGUUUUUUUAAGACUGGAUUUUUCUGUGCUGUCUUGGUUGUCCCUAGAACUCCUUAGACCAGGCUGGCCUUAAAAAGAGAUCUGCCUGCCUCUCCCUCCCAAGUGCUGGGAUUAGACAUGUGACACUACCCUUAGCUCAUACCAUGUAUUUUUAACAACUAGCAUUUUUCAAGUAGGUAAAUCAGUGACGGGGUUGACAAUAUUUGAUACACAUUUUUAGUUUUUCUAUAUUGGUAUGUUUUAAUA